AGGGAGGGACGAACGAAUAAGCUGCUGAGAGCAUUGUCGACAAUGGGACAGUCCAACAAUGCGGCUGUCAACCACUUCACAGCUUGUUUUUCCCUUUUUCUCCCUCUUUUUUCUCUCACUGUCAAUUAUUUUUGAUAAUGUGUGGAUUGAUGUAAUAAUUGUGUUGUGCUGAAUUGGAUGGUGUAAAAUAAGGAAGUGUACAGAGAGUACAAUGGUGUAUGGGGGCAUUUGGAACAAGGAUGAUGGGGUUUAAUGGGGUUAUUACAAUAUAGUAUGUAAUAUCGAAUAUUACAUUAGAUUUAAUAAGGCUAGAGAUUGUUGUUAGGUGUUUAAAUGUAAUUUAUUGCAGUGUAUGUAGUUGUGUUUGUUGUUUAUUUUUGUGUGUACUUGGUUAUAGGGUGUGAAAAUGUUUAUUAGAAUGUAAUUACACAGUGUAAUGAGGUAAAGAGGGAUUAGAAUGUAGAUUAUUGGAGUGUAAUGUGGUAUAUGAGUAUUAGAGUGUAGUUUGUUGGCAUGUAAUGGGGUAUAGCAGUGUAAUGGGAUAUAUGGUGUUAGAAUGUGGUUUAUUGAAGUGUAAUGGAGUAUAUUAGUGUUAGAAUGUAGUUUCUUGGGGUGUAAUGGGGUAUAGGUGUGUUAGAAUGUAGUUUAUUGGAGUGCAAUGGGUAGAGGGGUGUUAGAAUGUAGUUUAUUGGAGUGUAAUGGGGUAGAGUGGUGUUAGAAUGUAGUUUGUUGGCGUGUAAUGGGGUAGAGUGGUGUUAGACUGUAGUUUAUUGGAGUGUAAUGGGGUAUAGGGGUGUUAGAAUGUAGUUUCUUGGAGUGUAAUGGGGUAGAGGGGUGUUAGAAUGUAGUUUAUUGGAGUGUAAUGGGUUAUAUGAGUGGUAGAAUGUAGUUUGUUGGAGUGUAAUGGUAUAGGGGUGUUAGAAUGUAGUUUAUUGGAGUGUAACAGGGUAGAGGGGUGUUAUAAAUUAGUUUAUUGGAGUGUAAUGGGGUAUAGGGGUGUUAGAAUGUGGUUUAUUGGAGUGUAAUGGGUUAUAGGAGUGGUAGAAUAUAGUUUGUUGGAGUGUAAUGGGGUAUAGGGGUGUUAGAAUGUAGUUUAUUGGAGUGUAAUGGGUAGAGGGAUGUUAGAAAGUAGUUUAUUGGAGUGUAAUGGGGUAUAGGGGUGUUAGAAUGUAGUUUAUUGAAGUGUAAAGGGUUAUAGGGGUGUUAGAAUGUAGCUUAUUGGCAUGAAAUGGGGUAAAGGAGUGUUAGAAUGUAGCAUGUUUUAGUGUUUAAAAUGUAGUUUAUUGGCGUGUCAUGGGGUACUGGGGGAUUAUAAUGUAGUUUAUUGAAGUGUAAUGGGGUAGGGGGUGUUAGAAUGUAGUUUAUUAUAGUGUAAUCGGGUACUGGGGUGUUAGAAUGUAGUUUAUUAUAGUGUAACGGGGUAGAGGGGUGUUAGAAUGUAGUUUAUUAUAGUGUAAUGGGGUAUUGGGGUGUUAGAAUGUAGUUUGCUGGAAAGCAAUGGGGUAGAAGGGUGUUAGAAUGUUUUUUAUUGGAGUGUAAUCGGGUAACGGGUUGAUAGAAUAUACAACCCCAAUUCCAAAAAAGUUAGGACACUGUGUAAAAUGUAAAUAAAAACAGAAUGCAAUGAUUUGCAAAUCUCCUAAACCCAUAUGUUAUUCACAAUAGAACAUAGGAAACAUAUCAAUUGUUAAUCUGAGGAAAUGAACCAUUUUAAGGAAAAAAUAAGGCAAUUUCUAAUUUGAUUGCCGCAACACGUCUGAAAAAAGUUGGGAUGGGGCAACAAAAGGUUGGAAAAGUAAGUGUUACUAAAAAGAAACAGCUGGAGCAACAUUUUGCAACUAAUUAGGUUAAUUGGCAACAGGUCAGUAACAUUAUUGGGUAUAAAAAGAGUAUCUUAGAGAGGCAGAGUCUCUCAGAAGUAAAGAUUGGAUGGAAUCUAUAUGGAAGUAUAUCUUGCUCUAAAACCUGUGUACACCUUUCAGCAUUGAUGGUGCCUUUCCAGAUGAACCUAUUCCAUAGGCACUAAUGCACCCCCAUAGCAUCAGAGAUGCAGGAUUUUGAACUGAGUUCUGAUUAAAAGCCAGAUGGUCCCUCUCCUCUUUAGUUUAGGGGACGUGGUGUCCAUGGCUUCCAAAAAGAAUUUCAUAUUUCAAUUUGUCUGACCAUAGAACAGUUUUUAAAUUUUGCCUCAGUCCAUUUUAAAUGAGCUUUGGCCCAGAGAAGAUGGUGGCGUUUCUGGAUCAUUUUCACAUAUGGCUUCUUCUUUGCAUGAUAGAGUUUUAACCAGCAUUUGUGGAUGUCACGGCGAACUGUGUUCACAGACAAUGUGUUCUGGAGGUGUUUCUGAGCCCAUGCAGUGAUUUCCGUUACAGAAUCAUGCCUGUUUUUAAUGCAGUACCGCCUGAGGGCCCGAAGAUCACGGGCAUGCAAUAUUGAUUUUUACCCUUGUCCCUUAAGCACAGAGAUUUCUCUAGAUUCACAGAAUCUUUUGAUGAUAUUAUGUACUGUAGAUGAUGAGAUAUUCAUAGUCUUCGCAAUUUUAUGUUGAAGAACAUUAUUCUGAAAUUGUUCCACAAAUCGUAGAUGCAGUUUUUCACAGAUUGAUGAACCUCUGCCCAGCUUUAAUUCUGAAAGAGUCUGGCUCUCUAAGAUACUUAGUUUGGUUGUAGUUUAUUGGAUUGUAAUGGGGUAAAGGGGUGUUAUAAUGUAGUUAUUGGAGUGCAGUGGGGUAUAGGAGUGUUAGACUGUAGAUUAUUGGAGUGUAAUGGAGUAUAGGGGUGUGAGAAUGUAGUCUAUUAGAGUGUAAUAGGGUAUGUCUGCUAGAAUGUAGGCUAUUGGAGUGUAAUGGGAUAUUGGGUUGUUAGAAUGUAGUUUAUUGGAGUGUAAUGGGGUAGAGGGGUGUUAGAAUGUAGUUUAUUGGAGUGUAAUGGGGUAGAAGGAUUUUAGAAUGUAGUUUAUUGGAGUGUAAUGGGGUAUAGGGGUAUUGGAAUGUCAUUUAUUGAAGUGUAAUGGGUUAUAGGAGUGUUAGAAUGUAGUUUAUUUGAGUGUAAUGGGGUAUAGGGGUGUUAGAAUGUAGUUUGUUGGAGUGUAAUGGGGUGUAUGUGUUUUAGAAUGUAGUUUAUUUUAAUGUAUUGGAGUGUAAUGGGGUGUUAGAAUGUAGUUUAUUGGAGUGCAAUGGGGUACAGGGGUGUUACAAUGUAGUUUAUUGGAGCACAAUGGGGUACAGGGGUGUUAGAAUGUAGUUUAUUGGAGUGCAGUGGGGUAGAGGGGAGUUUGAAUGUAGUUCUUGAGGUAUAAUUGAGUAGAGGGGUGUUAGGAUGUAGUUUGUUGGAGUGUAAUGGGGUAGAGGAGUGUUAGAAUGUGGUUUGUUGGAGUGUAAUGGGGUAGAUGAGUGUUAGAAUGUAGUUUAUUGGAGUGUAAUGGGGUAGAGGGGUCUUAGAAUGGAAUUUGUUGGAGUGUAAUGGGGUAGAGGGGUGUUAGAAUUUAGUUUGUUGGAGUGUAAUUGGGUAGAGGGGUGUUAAAAUGUAUUUUAUUGAAGUGUAAUGAGGUAGAUGGGUGUUAAAAUAAUGGGGGUAGAUGGGUGUUAGAAUGUAGUUUAUUGGAGUGUUAGCAUGUAGUUUAUUGGAGUGUAAUGGGGUAUAGGGGUAUCGGAGUGGUGCAUUGGACUGGAACAGGACAGUUGUGUUGGCUGGAAGGAGGGCAUGUUGGUUUAAAGAGUGGAUUUAUGGCUUCCAGCUCAUUGAGUGCGCUCUUACUAAAUGGCUUUUAAAUAUGCCCCACAGGACCAUGAAUCUCCCAAAUGACUCGCCAACUACAAAUAGCCAAUGCCUCCUGACAUCACACACACACACACACACACACACACACACACACACACACACACACACACACACACACACAGUUGUCUACCGCUUUAUAUAUCUACUGCCUCUAGUAAAGAUAUGUCAAACAGUACCGGCCAUGCCUACCACACUGUGUAGACGUGUUUGAGGGUGUGUGUGAAAGACUCUUUCCUGUCCAUGUGUUAGCUAUCAUCUUACCAUAAUUGGGUGUUUUCAACAGAUCUUUUAAAGCAUUCACGUCUGGCACAUGAUUUACGACCCUAUGUGUGUCAAACUAAUGCACAGUUUAGACUAAAUCUGUAGAGAAUGUGGCUUUUAUAUUCACCUCAAGACUCUGACACAAUAUACUAUUCCAUACCAAUAGGCCUAUUGAUUUCUGCCAGUAACCUCAUCACUAUUAUGAAUUCAUUUGCUGUUAAUGUCUACAGGCUCAGUGACUAUAAUUAUAAUUGAUUGUAAGAUGUGUAACUAACACUGCAGAGAGAACAUGUCAUAUAUUGGACUGCUGGUUAUAAUCCUGUGUGUGGGUGUGGGUGUGUGGGUGUAUGUGAAAAUCACCUUGCACUGCACGGGUCGGAAAUAAAGACAGAUGGUAUUUCUAAUUCUUGCAAUAUUUUAUAUCUCUUGAGCAUGAAAAACUACAUUGCCAUCCUACAACUGCACUUAUGAGCCCUGUGAAACCUCUGUUAUAGAUGUUGGUAUUUGUAGUCUGUAUUUAGUGGCUUGUAAACCCUGCCAUUGUGGUGAAGCAAAGAACUAGUGGUUAUGUUUAAGCAAGUACAUAUUAUGCUAGCAUGCUAUCAUGUGUGUUUGUGGGACGAGGAUAGAAAACCAAAUAUGUGGAUACAAACAGACAUACAGAUAUAUGGUGUGUAUGUGGUUUGAGCACAUUUCGGAGCACAUUACACUCUGUGUGUGUGUGUGUGUGUGUGUGUGUGUGUGUGUGUGUGUGUGUGUGUGUUUCUAGCAGAAUGACUGCAGUAGAACUGAAGGCUCAGUGAAGCUUCGCAAGUUUCGAAAAUGAAAAUAAAUGAGAAGCUGUGACCGCUGCUCCCUGGGUUUUUCACUAAUGAGCAGAACACAAGAGAGAAAAGAGAGAGAUAGUUGGGUUAGCUGAUGAGAUACAGAGAGACAGGCAAGGUUUGUGGAGGCAGGAGGAAAGAAAACAGGGGGAGAACAAGAAAGAAAGGAAAGAAAGCAACUCAUCUCGCUAACGAAUGUAAAACAUCUAGAGACAUAGCCUCUGUCGAUUUCACCCAAGGCUGAUCCACUUAAACCAGUUAUGGUCGACUGCACUGGGCCAGAAUUCACUCCAGUUGAAAUCUCUCUGGGUGUUUUAGGGGGCUCCUGUUAGUUGAUUUGAGACGGAAACCACAUUUUCUUUCAUUCAUGGUUAACCCUUUCAUACUUACUAUAAGUCCUUAUAUUUGUCCAUUAGUCCAUAUUUGUGUUCUGCAGUGAUUAUGUUGUAAUUUCUUUUGCCACUAUAUCUUAUAUAUGAAAACAAAAUGGUGGAAAAACAAAAAUGGUGGAUGGAAUUUGUAUUAGUCAAUGUAAAAAUUGCUUUCAAAACAGCUACAGUAUAUUAAAAAAAAUUGUAUUCUUAAGAAUAUACCACUGAGAUUUAUUUGUACUUUAUUGUGACUUUUAUUUAGUUAUAUAAUAAUAUCAUAAUAAUUGUAAUUUCAACUUCUAUUCUGAAUGUAUGAAACACAAGAUCUUUAUUUUAGUCCUUGAUAUAUAUUUUUAUACUUAUGAGACAAAAGUAAUAAAAGCAUUUUGAUUCAAUUACACUGCAAGAGUAAUGGCACUGAAUAAAUACAUAAAACAAAAGAAAUCUCUAGUAACAAAUAUGCCAGUCGGUUCGCAACGUUCACCUGGAAGAUGAUAAGACACCUCACUAGUGUCUACACUGGGAUUAGAAAUUAUAACCCCAAAAUGAAUAAAUACAGGGAUUAUAUCAUAUUUAUGCUUACUAAUAAUUCUUUGAAAAAUGUACUGCCAUGUAUGCACAUUUAAUCAGUGACAGGAACCUGGUCAACCCACCCAUUUUUCUAUAUGUUUACAUAGUAGUUUGAUGACAGAAGAAAAUGGAGUCUGCUAGUUCUAUAGCAGCUAUCUUUCUUAAGUGGAAGAAUUACAAAGCACUAAUGCUCUAAAAAUGACAGUCUGAUAUGUGUAAUAUUGUGUAAGAUUUAUAUAUACGAUCUAUAACUGUUUAUGGUGAUUUGGUUGAGUAAUGGGCUUUACUAAAUACCAUUGGAGGUUAACGUUAGAGUCCAGCCAUGUUGUGAUGCAGUAUAUACAGUUGGGAUGAUAAUUGAGUACAUACUUAUUAUAUGUAAAGUACAUACACCUACACAUAGAAAGGCCUUCAUUAUUUUUUUACUAGUUUCCUUAUCUUUGAAUAAUAGUGAUGCCAUCAACAUUAUUAAACUGAACUAGCACAUCUGGAUAUUUGUAGUGAACAAAAUGGUGUUUAAUCAAACUUUAAUUGCACUACCUUUAUCAGAACAGCCUUCACCUUGAGAGAUUUGCACAUUGACGCUUUGGCAACUUCAUGAGAAUAAUGAUGAUUUUUAAACAGUCUUGAAGAAGAUGAGAACGUGUUGUUUGUCCUAAACUGUCUCUAUUGCGUUUAUUUCAAGUGACCUAGAAAAGUCUGGUCAUCUGAUGCAAAUGAUUCCAUCAGAUGUUCAAAUAUUUGUGUGCAUUUCUCUAAUAUUGUUUGGCGCUGCGUGUUUGUACAGAUUCAUUGCACGUCUGUGCUUAUGUGUCGUGUGUUACCCUGGCUGGUGACAGCCUAUACACCAUGAGUAUGGAUGUAUAUUACACAAAAUAGUGAUCCUGAGACUAAGCAAUCGUUCAACAUCGAAAUCCUUUAUUGGACCAUGAUGUGUGUAUGUGUGCUUGUGAGUGUGGGUGCAUGGUUCAAAUAUUAAUCUCAUCACAGUGCAUGCCAGUGUGUGUGCUUGCAUGUCUCUGAUAAUAAUCUCAUUACUCUAUUACUCUGUUAAUCUCACACACGUGUGUGUUUGUAUUUCUGACAUUUAACUCUCUUGCAGGAUGUGUAUACAUGUUUAAAGAUAUAUAUGUGAUUGUGUAUGUGAGUGCGCAUGUGUAUGUGUGAGAGAGAUAUAUUAAACUUGUUCUAGGUCGUGCUUUCUGAAUCCAUUGUGUUUAUUCAGAAACCCAAAUGAGUCUGCGGGCUGCUUUGCAUAAUCCAUGAGUUCAUCAAAUAUUCAUGAGUGCGCGCACACACACACACACACACACACACACACACACACACACACACACACACAUACACACAGGCGUUUCAGACUGAAUGCUGUCAGCCUAUAGUCUAAAAGAGGAUACGUCUGUUCACGUACACAUAUACAGAUCCAAGAACAUACAUAGAUGUGUCCUGUAAACACGUACAUGCCUAAUCCUGCCAGUGGAGUUGGUAUCUGUAUGCUGAAAUCAUAGUGGACAUUUCGGCUUAUGAAUUCCCAAUUGAUAUUUUCUGAACUGGAAUAAAUGAAUGACUGAAGUAUGUGUUUACACAUUAACACUCAACUUUUGUUGUAUAACAGUCCCUCCAGGAUUUCACGAUUUUGCGAACGCCGAAAUUAACGAAAGGAAACGCUGCAAUAUUCGGAGCAGUUUAGCGCAAUAGUAGUUUACUGCAAAAAAAAAAAAAAACCUCCGCAAGUUGCAUCGCAAAUUUUGAGAAAAAAACCCCCCCUCAAAAUCCUGUAUGGGCUGGUAUAAGCCCCGCCCCUUUGACCUCUAGAGCAUACACUUCUCCUUGCUUCUUCAUGUCUUGAGAUUUGCCCCCUCAGAUUUCUGGAGCAUCAACAUACAGUCAUCUAUUAAUCCCCACCCAUCUCGAACAAUAUAGUUCAUAAAUAGAUCAAUAUAGCUAAUCAGUUGGUUAAGAUAAGGUGUCCACCUGGCCCCUCCCCCUCAUCCCUGACCUUGCCCCAGAAUUGUACUUGCAAAAACGGAUUACAGCCUAGGUAUACGGAUAAAUUUACAGUUCAUAAAAUGACACAUUUGUGUAUUGUUUACAUACAGAAAGAUAACUCUAUAUGAAACAAAUAUACAUUUGCUGUAACAAAAGCAUAUACAUGCUGCUGUAACAAAAACAUGGAUGGAUGAAGCUACACUGCUCACUGACACACACGACCAUCAAACGUCCAUUGUUUAGAUGCUUCUCUCUCUCUUCUUGCUUCUCAGUCUGUGAUCUGAACUUCUGGGCAUGCUAUUUUUGUCCCUGUACUUUGCAGCCUGUAGGGCCUGCUGUCUCUUUCUCUCUCUCUCAUUUCCUCACUCUCUGUCUUGUUCCUUCGCAUUCUCUCUGUCUUCCAUCCGCAGGCUCCUCCUACAUGGUCAAUCAAUAUAUGUUACAAGCCAGCUGGAACCAGGCCCAGGGGAGAUGUUGAGCGAGAGGGAGAGAGUGAGAGAGGAACAAGGGAUAAAAAGAUAGAUAGAGAGAUAGGGUGGGGCUUUACCCAUAGCAGCUCCUCAAAGAGCUAGCAUCUCUUGAAAAUGAGAAGGAGGGCAGCGCUAACAAUGCCAAGAGAGUGACCUUUGAACCGUGAGAGGGGAGAGACAAAGAGGGACGAGAGAAAGGAACGAGAGACAGAAUGAGAGCAUGACCCGUGGGGGGGUGGGGGGGGGGGGGUGGCUGAAUUCCAUUGUCUUGUGCAUAUAAAGGGAUUACAGCAGUGACAAACAGCUUUCAGCUUUAGCCUCCAUAGACGCUGAAAAAAAAGACAGAGAGAGUGAUGGAGGAAGAUGGAGGGAGGUGUGUGUUGAGGCUAAUGGAGGGAUGUGGAUAUUGGACAGCACAAGGUGAUUAAUGAAAAUUAGGGGUAUGAUGGAGUACUGAGAUACGGAAAUCUGAAACGGUUAUAUUAUUAAUGUAAUGUGAUAUGUGUAUACUGGUAACAGAGACAUUUCUGAGUGCCUAAAAUAUGGACAUUAUUCUUAAAAAAAAAAAAGAAAAAAGCUCAUCGUGAUCCUCUUAAACAUUAUUCUAGGACCUUUAAGUAUCAGCAGCUGUAGGAAUGGCUACACAAACCAGACAUAAAACAGAGGAAUAGGGUGUUUAAUCAUUUAUGCUGACUAUUAAAAAAAAUGUCAUUAAAAAAUAUAUAGAAUGCACUACACGUGUCAACCGUGAGGGAGGACGGGAGCGGACAAACGCAACUAAAUUAUCUUUGAAAAAAAUGUGAUCCGAAUUCACUGAAAUGAAUUCCAUUAUCUGUUGUAAGUACAGUUCAACACAUGAUAAAACAUUAAUUUAACCUGUUUAAACCGGAUGUAACUAUUAUGUCAAGCUGACGUUUUUUGCUCUGGUUGACCAACAGGCUACAGUGUCAGGAAGUAGCAAGUGGCAAGAACAAAAAUAGCACAGGAUUUAUUUUCCUAUUUUUGAGGCAUAAAGACCCCGUAAUUGAAACUUUGUAGCUGCAGCAUAAUAAAAAUUUAAUGUUGCUCCAUUUGACAGUAGGAAACAAUAUUAAUAUAGUGAUUUACCUGGAACCAUUGUGCUUCCAUUGUGUUCCGUUUCACCUACAGUAUUACGCCAAUAUACACUGAAGGUCCUGGCUCCCUGUAGAGGAAGCUGAUUUGUGAUAAUACACACACACACACUCUCACACAGAGACAUAUUCCAUGAGAGUACUGCACUCGGGUUAAAUAAUAAAUAACAGCUAAGGAAAGUACCCCAUAUUCUUCCAUCCUACCCAUUUCUCCCCUAGCUUCUUCCUUGAGCCCUGUUUCUUUCCUUUAAGAGUGGAGAAUCCAUCAGAAAAGCUCUGAAUUCUUCAAAUUGCCUCUCAUUUUUCCCCUCUAUUUUCCCGCUGUGAAAAUACAGCACUUGCGUGAAAUAUUACCAAUCCGUGUUCGAGUUAAAUUAAGCAUUUGUGGAGCGUCCUGGCAAUAGCAUGCUAGAUUAAGCUUGCAAUUCAGGAGUUUCAAAGACCAACUACGUACACACUCUUUAAUAAAAUUACCCACAGCUCCCAUGUUUCUUUUGCACAGAGCUCGUUAAGGCAGCUCUGGAUAUCGAUGCGUUAAUGCUACUAAUAGAGGCAGUUUGUACUCAAAGAAGAGAGGCUCGCUACAGAAAUAUUGACACAAUUUAGACUUUCUGCUGACAAGCACGGAAUAUUUCAGCGAUAUGGGAAACUCAGGGUAGCCUGCCCUCAAGACACAUACAGAUAUAUAUUUUAUAUAUGUACUGUAUCUGCUGUCUCUCACACGUGUUUGCACAUGCAACUGGUGAUCUGACAGCAGUGUUGUCAUAUGUUAUUGUAGCUUAGAGACACAGAUAUCUGAACAGAUAUGCAUGCCGCUUGUAUGUCUCAAUGGUCACAUGGCUAUGCUAACACUGCUAAGCCUGGGGAAAACAAGUCAUUUAGCCUAAGGACAAAUAUCAGUGGCUAUUGAUCCCCAAGUCAUUUGGGAAGCCUGAGGACAUACUUACCUGCUCCCAUUCUUAUCUUGGUCAGUAAUUUAUUGAUGAAAAAAUCCUUGAUGUGGGGUAUAAAGGUUUCAAACAAGCCCAUGUUUUGAUGAUGUGAUACCUUAAUGUAGGGCAAUAUGAUUCUCUGUGAUACAUUGUGAACCAGUAAUGAGCAGUUUUGGCUCUUAUGCUGAAGAGGCACCGAGGCCACGUCCCCUUCACUGGAACUGACAUGCAAAAAGGCCACGCCUCCUUCUCUUGGACUGAUUUGUGUAUGAGUCAUGCCCCCUUCACUGAGACUGGUGUAGAGGCGACGCCUCCUUAACUGGAACAGACAUGCAUAGAGGACACACCUCCUUCAUUGGGACUGUCAUGUGUAGAGGUCAUUUAUUUGAAAGAUUACCAAGACUGCAGCUGUAAUAACUACUUUUCUUCAUAAGAUACUGUUUUAACUGUUUGUUAGAAUGACUGUUGGAAUAACUGCAUUUGUUCUGAGGGCAUGUUAUAAGUUUUCUCAAUUGUACUGCAUGCGCAUUUGUGAAAUGGCCCCAAUGCCGCUGAAGUUCAAUUAUUCCUAGCACUGUUAGGUCCGAGUAUAUAGGAAAUCCUUUGGACUAAUGAUGGUGGAACAACAUCGCUUACUUUUGAACAAAAAUUGUUUUUCCUAUAUUUAUGGAAAGAUAAGCAGGCUUUAUGUGUCUACAAAUAUACAUUUCAUAUUUUAACCUGGACAUUUUUAGCAUAGUAUAGACAAGCAUAGUGCAGAGCAGUUGGGCUCCAGGGUGUCUCUUCGGCACAUAAUGAACACUAAAUAUUAAUGUAGCACUCAGGUUGCGUUUUGACUGAAGCAACAAUAAGACAGAUUAAAAAGGACACUGUGAAAAUCAAAAGCCAUACAAUCAAUAAAUAACCAUCGAUACCAUAUUUGCAAAAUGCAUCCCAGGCACUGAUGGGUAAAACAACACAAAUACAAUGCUGUGCUACGAAUUACUGCAUAUCAUAACAAAUAAUAUAUUAACUGGUCAUUUUAUGCCAGAAUCAAUAAUCAAAAUAUAGGGUAGGUACAGUUCCAGCUCAUUGUAAAUGAUGGAGGCUUCAUGGCUUAGAUGUAGGCUUAGAUGAACAUUCAGUUAAACGGUACAGAUGGUUAGACGGUUAGAUAGCUAAGGGUUGUAGGGGGAUGUUGCACAGUCUUUCCGUAUGUGUGUGUGUGUGUGUGUGUGUGUGUGUGUGUGUGUGUGUGUGUGUGUGUGUUUCCCAUGACCCACUUCCUGCUAGAGAAGCUCUAGUAAAGAAGGGUUGCCCCCAGGAGGUACAGAAGAGGGGGAGAAACAAAAGCAAAGUAGCUCAUCCAUUCCAUGGUCACGUGAUGGGACAUGAUGCUAAAAAAAAGUGCAGAAAUAAACGAGUGCACAUUUUAGUAUCUAUCUACUUCCUUGCCUUAUAGCAUAAAAACCAUAUGGUGUUUAAAAACUGUUCAGAUUUACCAUUUACAUUUACAUGCUCAAUGAAGAUUGUAUUAUUUAAUUAGCAAGAGAAAAAUAUGUUUUUAUCUAUCUGUCUGUAAUUCCCUGCAGUUUACCAGGGAUAGUGGACAGGGCAUAUUGGAUUGAGGGAGUAUUCAGUAUUUAUAUCCAUAUAUGUAUUUAUUAGGGUAAGAAACAAUUACUUUUUCUUAAUGGCUAUCAUAAUAUUACUAAUUUAGUAGAUUUUCCAACAAUGAGUUCAUGAGUUUACUCCUUGCAUAGCCUCAUGAUCCAAAAACAUUGAACAUUCACUUUUAUAUGUCCAGUGAGGAUGAUAUAAUGCUCAAGUUCUCAAAUCUGAUUGGUCAGAAUGUGCUGAUUCAUUUUCCCUAACAGCCCAGCUCUAACAGUAGUGCUGGCUGCAAGACAGUCCGUCUAGGAUUUUGCGAUUUUGCGAUCGCAGAAAUGAAAGCAAAUUCAAGGAAACUCUGCAAUAUUCGCUGUAGCUUGCAAUUUUUCAAAAUUACCCAAGAUUAUCUGCAGAUUCAGGCCAAGACGCGUCAUGUGAUGUCAUCGCAACAAGCAUUCAGCCAAAACCCUCUUCGAUUCAUGUGCGUCGAACAUGGGUGCUGCUAAAAUGUCUCACUUACCAACAAACAUCACUGCAAAAGACAGUGCGAAACAAUUUCAUGCAAUUUCAAUUUCACCAAUUCAAGUAGAUUUCUGCAACAAACAAAAAAAAGCACAAAAAAAUCCACAAAUUUCAUCGCACAUUUUGGGAAGCCACAGCAAAAUCGAGCAUUUGUAGCUGCAAGUAUCAGAAAAAAAACUUCUGUACGGACUAUCAAGACAAAUCACAGGUUCAUAUUACAUCAAUGAUACGAUAUUGUUUAGUUAUUUAACAAAGAAAAACAUAGAAUCCUUGAUAUGGUGAAGCUUUCUGUAAGGAGACUUCGUAGAAAUGCUAAACAAGGUUUAAACAUUUGUGAAAGGGUUCUCUAGUGUUGUAACAGUCAGUAAGUUUUCCACCACAGGAGAGUCUUCAGGACACAGAACCUUCUUAGUAACAUGACAUGCUGUGUUUUUCUGCCUAUAAUGGAACUAUAAACUGUUAGGAGCAUGACGUGUAGUUAGAUAGAUAGUCACAUCUAUCUAUAUAUCUAUCUAUAUGAGAGAGGGUGAAGGAGUGUAGAGAAGCAGGAGGAGGAGUGUAAACACGUGAGAAUGUGAAUGCGUUUAAGAGUGUGUGAGUGCUCAGUGUUGUGUGCUGCUGCACCUGUCCCUCUCCGUCUCGCUGCUCAGUUGCACACACUGUCAGGCUUCUGGGACAGGACAGGACAGGACAGGACAUACCGGGGUUGCAUAGGAACGGGAAGGAAAUCUACCGGGACAAGGCGCGAGCUCAGCGGCACGCGUCUGCAGACUACACGCUUGUGGAACAGGCAAACACAUCAAUGUCUUCGUGCUACAGUCUGGAUUUCCUCCCCAGUAUGAUGGUGGAAGGCGGGUUGCUAACCACAGCCGAGCGGAUUAACGGCACAGCUGGGAAGAUGAACGGAGCUCUGGAGCAUUCGGAUCAACCCGAUCCAGACGCGAUUAAGAUGUUCGUGGGUCAGAUCCCUCGCUCCUGGUCUGAGAAGGAGCUGAAGGAGCUGUUUGAACCGUACGGGGCCGUCUAUCAGAUUAACAUCCUGAGAGACCGCAGUCAAAACCCACCACAGAGCAAAGGAUGCUGUUUUGUCACAUUCUACACACGGAAAGCCGCUCUUGAGGCCCAGAACGCCCUGCACAACAUCAAAACCUUAACUGGGAUGCACCAUCCUAUUCAGAUGAAGCCUGCAGACAGUGAGAAGUCAAAUGCGGUGGAGGACAGGAAGUUGUUUAUCGGCAUGGUGUCAAAGAAGUGUAACGAGAAUGAUAUCCGGGUCAUGUUCUCUUCCUUUGGUCAGAUUGAGGAGUGUCGCAUCCUGAGAGGGCCAGACGGACUUAGCCGAGGAUGUGCGUUUGUCACGUUUUCUACCAGGGCUAUGGCACAGAAUGCAAUCAAAGCCAUGCAUCAGUCUCAGACCAUGGAGGGAUGCUCCUCCCCCAUGGUGGUGAAGUUCGCCGACACUCAGAAGGAUAAGGAGCAGCGGCGGCUGCAGCAGCAGUUAGCCCAGCAGAUGCAGCAGCUGAACAGCGCCUCUGCCUGGGGCAGUUUGACCGGCCUGACCGGCCUCACCCCGCAGUACCUGGCAGUAAGAGGCCACACCCACUCGGCCACGCCCAUCAGCACCACAUUGCUACAGCAGGCGACCUCGUCCAGUAAUCUAGGAGCGUUCAGUGGGAUCCAGCAGAUGGCAGGUAUGAACGCUCUGCAGUUACAGAAUCUGGCCACUCUAGCAGCGGCCGCCGCGGCAGCUCAGAGCUCGGCCAGCCCGUCCACCGCUAGUGCCCUGACCUCCAGCACAGGCUCCCUGGGAGCCCUGGCCAGCCCAGCAGCAGGUUCCACAGCUAACUCGAGUGCCGGAGCAAUGGGUUCUCUCGGCUCUUUGGGAACCCUGCAAGGCCUCGCUGGGGCCACAGUGGGCCUCAACAACAUUAAUGCACUAGCAGGUAGCGUCAACAUUGCUCACAUGCUCUCAGGUGUGGCUGCCCUGAAUGGCGGCGGCUCGGCCGGCCCCAUGGAUGCCCUCACUCAGGCUUACUCAGGAAUCCAGCAGUAUGCCGCCGCCGCCCUGCCCACACUCUACAGCCAGAGCUUACUUCAGCAGCAGAGCGCCGCAGGGAGCCAGAAAGAGGGACCAGAAGGGGCAAACCUUUUCAUCUAUCACCUGCCGCAGGAGUUCGGGGACCAGGACAUUCUGCAGAUGUUCAUGCCUUUUGGAAAUGUAGUGUCGGCCAAAGUGUUCAUCGACAAACAGACCAAUCUUAGCAAGUGCUUCGGUUUCGUCAGUUACGACAAUCCCGUGUCGGCACAAGCAGCCAUUCAGGCAAUGAACGGGUUUCAGAUCGGAAUGAAGCGCCUCAAGGUGCAGCUGAAGCGCUCUAAGAACGACAGCAAACCCUACUGAUCUAAUUGCUAGGGCCACUCCUCUCUGUCCCUACACUGCUAGGAAACUCAUCUCCAUGACUCUUUGCUCAUCGUUUGCCUAGCAUGUCUACGUGGCGUUCAAAAAAAAAAGUCUCAUCGUCUCGUCAUUGUCUCCGAUGUCUUUCUGAGUUCUCCUGAUCAUAAUCUGGUCUCCUCCUACUGAUCUCUCCUCGACUUUGAUCUUAGCUUGAUCUUUGUUGGGUUUUUUUUUUCUUUCUUUUCUGUUUUUUUUUUUGUUUUUUUUUGCAUGUGACCUCAUUUGGAGCUUUUAACUGUUUUUCUGUUUUUUGACCUUUUUUUGUUUGUUUGUUUGUUUGUGUUCUUUCUCUUAUUAUGAUAACAGUUGGGGGAGGGAGGGAGGGGGGCGGGAAAGAAGGAAGGAAAAAAAAUAUAUUAACAAAUGUGAAAAAGCUUAAAGCGCAAAAGCCGCGUUCACACUCGCAGAUAGGUAGAGUCUAUUUAAUAGUAUAACCCGAAGCGUCGUCCUUUUAAGAAGCGCUGUUUUUAACAUUUCACAAAUGUAAUCGAUUUCAUUUUUAAAAACAAAAAAAACUAAACAAACCUGUGGCACAGAAAUUAAAAGAAUUUGCAUCGUUUGCUAGCUUAAGAUUUUUUUUUUCAUUUUUUUUUCUUAUGAUUUGCUUUACAUUUUCAUUUCUGUUUCUUUCAUUCAUUUAAAGUAAACUUGAAAGUACAAUACAGGGAUUGGCUUCGGGACUUCCUGUCGGCGCGUUUCGAAGUAUGAGAUGCGCAGGUAGACCGAGCCGGUUUCUACGAGAACUAGACUACUUCCAUGCAGUUUUAAUAAAAAAGAAAUAAAAAAAAACUGUCUAAUUGAAUUAAGAGUCUCUAAGAGCGAGCUUGUGGUUUUUACAUUUUUCAGGCAGUGUAAAGUUUUUUGAUAAGGCCAUUUGAAGUGGCUCGGUUUCUCAUUAAAGUCUAUAUAAAACCACUUUUUUCUAGAGUAGUAAAGGUAUAAAAUAAAAAAAUAAAAAACAAAGAAAAAAGAGUGCCCUGUUUGGGGGAAAUGCUACCUACAUGUCACACCUUUUUGCUGAACUGAUCUACCGUUAGACAAUCCGUGGUAUAAAUGCACAUGAAAUGACCUAUAUUUUAUACUGUUUAAAUGUAUAGAGGAAAAAAAAAGCAACAGUUUUUGUGACCCGCGUUCCCGUCGGUGCUUUUUGUGGAUUGAGUCGUGGUUUCAUCACAAGUCUAAUAGUCUUAUUCGUCUUGUGUUUUUAAAGAGAAGACUAAAAAUCGGUUUACUUGAACAUAGACAAAAACCUAUCAUAGUACUAUUGCUACUAGAGUAUACCUGUUUUUUUUCUUUGUUUGUUUGUUUGUUUGUUUUCUUUUCUUUCCUUUUUUUUCUUUUUUUUUUUUUCUUUUUAAGAGUCCCUAUUUGAAAUUUCUUGUCGGGUAAUUAGCUAUAUAAACCUUUUACAAUGUCAGCUUGUGAAGCAUCAAUGUCAUUCUUAUUAUUAUUUUGAAUUUCGAUUGUGGGAAACAAUAUUUAGAUGUGUCGUUGCGUUCAGCGAAAUGUAUUUUUUUUUCUUACAAAGGAAAUACGAAAAAAAAAAAAAAGAAAAAAAAAAACAUGAUGAGUGGACUUUAGUGCCAAAAUCUGACGGUACAUCCUGCCUACAGCUUCAGUGUAUUACUUGUGAAAUGAUUUGAUAACAUGGGUAUUUUAUUACGUAAGUGUUUUGUAUCCCUCAUAUUUAAGGAUAUAGAUUUAAAAAAAGAAAAAAAAGAAAAAAAAUGGCGGUUGUUAACUUGCUACUCUGUGGUCUUGUUGCCUGAACUGUUCACGUUUUUGCUUUCAUUUUUGUAAAGAUGUAAAAAGUGCCCAUGUAUCAUUCUCUCUCUCUCUCUCUCUCUCUCUCUCGAUCUCUCUCUUCUCUCACUUUUCUCACACACAUGCACGUGCACAACCAUAAACACACAUACCCACAUGCACGCAUACACACACCUGCGCUAAAGGUUGACCUCACAGCCCUCUUUUCUUCGAUGGUGUGUGUAUGUGAGCCCCCUGAGCACGAGUCUCAGCAGCACACACACAUGAACUGUCAUUAACCUGAGUAGCCAAUCAAAAUCAGAGGUGAGCUAUAAAGAGGUGUGUUGCUCAUUGCCAGGCAUGUGUCGAUAGUAUAUAUUCAUAUCAUAGCCACUAUUUGUUUGUCACCAUAUUGCUUUGGGUUUUUUUUUUUUUUAUUGUUGUUGUUGUUGUUGUUUUUUUAAAAAAAAGAGAACAUGUUUACAUGGUGUCAUGGGGCUGCAUUUUAACCAGCAUCUCAUUACGGAUGCAUUUUUACACCAAUGCGAUGACAUUUUCCUUCUCGUUAUCCGAGAAGGCGCUUACAUUGCUUAACCAAAUUCAGCUAAGUUAGUAAAUAAAUCAAUCAAUAACCAACUCUUGGUAUGUUCAACACAUACUCAGACAGGAAGUGUGCGGUAAUUGGUUUCACGGAUCGAAUUCGCGCUAAUGUACAGGUUAGCAUCCGGGAGAAAACAAGAGACGAAUCACAGAGAGCAAAUCGACCCCUGAGCGUUCGGCAUCAUGUAAGCUGUCCAUCACGUAAAUAACACAGUUUACAGGUUGAUGAGGUUUUCAUUUGACAUGGAAGAAAACAAAACAUGGCGCCGAAACAGUGUUCACAGUUUAAAAUGUCAUCGUGUACCUUUUUUUUUUGGUGGGGACGAGACUACACGUUUCUUAGUAACACGUUACACAGUUUACAGUCAGUUCAAACGUUAUGCUUUAACCAUGAAAGAAGCUUAAUACACACCUGUGCAUAUGCUGCCUUCUAAACAGGACAGACUUUAUCUCAGAAGCACAAACACUGCCCAGAAAUGCCUCCCCACCUCCCUGAAUUAGACCCGAUCGUUUUAUACGUCCGCUAUGAGAGUAACGUGUUACGAGUUAUCGGCACAUGCCUGUUUGCCUCGUGCUGCCUCUCUCUGCUUUUUCAGGUCUUAAAGCACCGUGACACCAAAGGAGAACUCAGCUGUCCACAGUACCGCAUUUCCCAUUGCACUUUUGUCGAAGAGAAGAAAAAAAAAACGUUUACACGUGUUGUAAAUGGCCCGUAUACGAUCUUGUUUACAGACGUGGUUUACAGCCGGCCCCCCCUAAAAACCCCUGUUUACUUCACUUAAGCACUAUUUUCUACCCAAAUCCUGCCGUUGCCUUAACAUGACGCUCAGUAUUAGUGGGGUGGAAUAGGCUGCUGCCUGAGUGCUGCCAAGGUUAUUUGUGCGUUUGUGUGCAUGUCUGUGUGUGUGUGUGUGUGUGUGUGUGUAUGUGUGUGUGUGUGUGUGUGUGUGUGUGUGUGUGUGUGUGUGUGUGUGUGUGUGUGUUUUGUCCCAAUUAUACACCCAAGGUAUUACCUUACCAACAAAACUGGAACUGCCAAACAUGGAGCUGCAGGGAGGGACAUUGUUCGAGAGACUCAGCAGCACGGUUAAGACGUUACGUCUUCACUGUUAGCCAGUUGCACAAGCACAAAAAUCACACCCAAUCAGACGAAGUCGUUAGCACGAUGACGCAGCACGGCAGUAUUACAAGUCAGUGUCCUGGCAGCUCGACCAGCUCAAAGGAUGUGAUUUCAAUUCAAAUGAGAUCUUACAUACUGCCACUUCAGCAUAUACACACUACCAGUCAAAGGCUUUUCUUUCACUAUGAUUUCCUUGUGGGUUAAUCACUCACUCAGUUUCUGGUGAGGCUCGCAGUGGAUCCGGAGAACACUGUUCCAGGAACGGUGCGCCUGAAGUGGGAAUACACCCCGGACAGGACGAGACACCAGUCCAUCGCAUCUUGUGGUUUAGUACAGUUUAAUUAGAACGAGAUGUAUUCUUUUUUUAGAGCGCACACACAUCUGUGCACGUGUAUUUGUUUUCAUUUUAAUGGCUUCAAUAGACUUUGAAGAAGGUUUUAUUAACGAAAUAAACAGUAAUAAUUCCAGGAAAAGAUCUGCUCCUUAAUGGGAUGGAGAAAUAGUCAGGAAUUGGUUUUGACCUGCAUAUUGGCGUAUUGUAAAUGGGUCAAAAAUCUAAAAGAGCUGAAACUGAGCAUGGGUAAUAUUGUAAUAUUGACACACGAAUAACUUGUAGUUUAUUCCCUUUUUUCCCACUUUCAAAACGACCAUUAAUGAGAACCGUUAAGAAGUCACGCCAUCACCUAUUUGAUGCGCUUGAACCUAGUGAAAAAGAUGGAACUCUGGUGCAGACUUUAGCAAACGAAUUGCUUAAAUGAUGAUUAAUGAGGGAGGCACGGCGCUUGCCUCGCACCACAAGGCUUCAGGGCUCAAUUCCUAUCUCCGCCUUGUCCUCACGGAGCUUGAACGUUCUCGCCAUGCUUCGGGGGUUUUCUCCGGGUACUCCGGUUUCCUCCCGUAAUCCAAAGAAAUGCAUUUCACAGGUUGAUUGACAUUUCCACAUUGUCCAUAAUGGGUGUCCCUAAUUUAUUCCCUCCAGGCUCCCUAUACGAGCACGUGUAGGUUAAGCACUAUGGAAAACGGCUGGAUGAUUAAUGAAUGAAUGUUUAAAAUGUAUUGUUACAAUAGAUAUAUAGUAUAAUAUAGCUAUAGAGCAUGUAAAAACUUUUGACUGGCAGUGUAUUUGCUUUUUCAUAUAUUGUAUAUACGAUAGAGGUGUGUAUGAUAGAUCAUAAGAGCAGACCUGUUUAGUAACGCGAUUAUGGAUUUCCACCCACGGCCCGUUACACAGGUGUGCCGUAAAGCACAAGACAAUGACGAGUAACCACGCCCGAGUAGAAGCGAUUUUCAGACUUGGGUCAGCCUGCAAUGCAUUCUGGCUUGGUUCUGUUCCUGAAAUCUAGUGAUGUCAAUUGAUUCCAUCCUUCACGCUUUCAAGGGCUCAUCCUCAUCUUAACAAACAUCACACCAGCUGAUAAAGUAGUGGCACUGCCCUUCAAAUGGCCACAGGGAAUCAACCAAAGUGCUCUGGCAAGGGGGAUUUAAUGAGGAUGGAUUAAAAGGGUGAUUUUGUUGUGUGUUUAGUGAGGAGAAUGAUGGAGAAUCGACACUUUCCCUGAUAUCGCUGCACUAUGAUAUGGUCAAAUGGCAGGGAGUCAAACCAAUAAAUUUGAAACUCUUAAGUCUCCCAAUGUGUGUGCGUGUGUGUGUAUGAAUGUAUAUAUAUAUAUAUAUAUAUAUAUAUAUAUAUAUAUAUAUAUAUAUAUAUAUAUAUAUAUGAAUGUGUAUCAAUGUAGUCUGCUUCGCCACUAUCAAAACAAACAGGGUACGAUUUUGCGAUCUCGCUACGCACACAAUCCCCGACACACUCCAUUUCUUUCACACAGACACACACACACAUUAGAUGUUUAGUAAAGCACAAACUCGUAAGGGUCUUCGCAAACGUGCUCGCUGAGGCUCUUUACUCAGGGGUUUUCUUCACCACACACAUCUUCUCUUAAAUCUGUUUGUUCUUUCUGUUUUUUGCUUUCUCUUAAGUGCUAUUUAACAACAGUGUAUUUUACAAGAAAAAGUGGAGUUUCUUUGCAUUUUUCGCUUAUUAUGUCAAGUUUUUUGGACGAAAAAAAGAAAUAAUACUGUAUGUGUGUUGAUCUGAUGUGCCGUAUAAAAAAAAAAGCUUGUUGUCUGUAGAUUAAUAUCAUUUUUGUUUGAUUCUAAAAGGAUUUUUGAAUAGUUUUAAGUAUUGUCUUGAGAAAAGCCAAAGUCAAUGCAUUUCAGUGGAUUAUGUAAGCGUGGUACAUGUUUGUUUGACUCCUUGGAAUCUGUCAUUGGAUGGAAUUUAAAAAGUACAAAAAAAAAACAACAAAAAAAACGCAGGCUUUCCUAUUUCUAAAACUGAUUGUACUUAUGCCUUUUGUACCAGUGCAACUUUUUAUACUGGCAAUUAAAGAAAAAAAAAACAAAAAACAAAAAAAACCUAUCGAGAGUCUGUCUGACCCGCCGCAGGGGUCGGCCAGCGGCUGUUCCCGAGUUUUGAUUUCUAAGUUGGCAUCCAGGAUGGUUAAGUUUUAAUAUAAAGAUUUUCUAGAACUUUGGCUUGGUAUCUUUGACCUUUGACAUCUUCUUGUUCUUCUUCACUUCAGCGUUUGGUUUCUUUUAUCUUUUAUCUCUUUGUUUUCUUUUUUUCUUCUUCUUCUUUUUCCGGAAAGAGGGUCGGGAGUUUUCCUUUUGGCUUACAAAUACUUAAAAAAAAAAAAAUCAACAAGUUUGUCUUUUUCAAAGAGUCUUUACGAAGGCGGUAAGUUUCAUUUUGUUCAGUAUAUUGUGCAGUCUCCAUGAUAAGACGAUUUAGACGAUUUAGAAGUAUUUAGUCCCCUUCAGUGGAUAAAUGUAUUAGUUUGACAAAGAGAUAAAAACAAGUAAUUUGAGGACUUUUUUGCUUUUAGCUGUUUAGAUUUUUCUGGUUUCUCUGUCCUUCGCUGUUAACCUAACUGUGUAGCUGAAACAGUCAGACUUAUUUUUGUAAAUGUACGUUCUUGUGUGAUGCAGUUUUUUGCUUCUGUCUCCGAUAUUAAAUCAUUUUUCCUAA